CUUGAGAUCUUGAGUCUGGUAUUCCACUUUUCUUCGUAGAAUUCCGCUUAAGUCAAUCAAUUUAAGAUGGCAGACAACCAAAAAGAGCUCGAGCUCCAAAUCCAAGAGCUGCAGCAGCAGCUGGAGCAAAUGAAGGCCAACCGGGGCCCUUCGGUAUAUGACUCCUACCAGACCACCCUGACGUCUCGGUACUGCAGCCCCGAGAUGUCCAAGCUGUUCAGCCAACGGUCUCGUCACUCCACGUGGCGGAAGCUGUGGCUGAUUCUGGCUGAGUCCGAGAAAGAGUUGGGCAUCGACACCAUCACGUCGGAGGCGUUGGAGCAGAUGCGGAGCCACCUAGAGGUGACGGACGAGGACUUCGAGGUCGCCCGCGUCGAGGAGAAGCGGAGACGACAUGAUGUGAUGGCUCACGUCCAUGCCUUUGGCGAAGUGGCGCCGGCGGCGGCGGGCAUCAUUCAUUAUGGGGCGACGAGCUGCUACGUUACGGACAACACGGAGCUGAUCCUCAUGAAAGAUGCGAUGGAUUUGCUACUCCGGAAACUCGCUAAGGUCAUCUGGAACAUCUCGAAGUUCGCGACGCAGUGGAAGGAUCUGCCCACGCUGGCAUAUACGCAUCUGCAGCCCGCGCAGUUGAUCACGGUCGGCAAGCGCGCCGCGGAGUGGGCGCACAACCUGCAGAUGGACCUCGAGCGCAUCGAGUAUGAGCGGAAUGCCCUCAAAUUCCGAGGUGCGCAAGGGACCACUGGAACGCACGCCUCAUUUUUAGAAAUUUUCGGAGGCGACGGCGCGAAAUGCGAUGAGCUCAACAAACUGCUUUGCAAGAAGACCGGGUUCCCCAGCUGCUACGACAUUUCGACGCAAACCUACACCCGCAAAGUCGACCUGGUGAUCUCCAACGCCGUCUCGGGAAUCGCCUCCUCGGCGCAGAAGAUCGCGCAGGACAUCCGCCACCUCGCGAAUUGGAAAGAGAUCGAAGAGCCGUUCGAGAAAGACCAGAUCGGCUCCUCGGCCAUGGCGUACAAGCGCAACCCGAUGCGCUCGGAGCGGAUCUGCAGCCUGAGUCGCGAGCUGAUGUCGAAGCCGGUCAACUUCGCCAACACGUUCGCGGACCAGUGGAUGGAGCGCACGCUGGACGACAGCGCGAUCCGCCGCAUGGACAUUCCCGAGAUGUUCCUUCUCGCGGACGCGAUCCUCAUGGGCCUAGAUAACGUGAGCAGCGGGUUGGUGGUCUAUCCGAAGCGGAUCGACGCGCGGGUGCAGGAAGAGCUGCCGUUCAUGAUCACCGAGAGCAUCAUUAUGAAGCUGGUGGCGAAGGGCGUGUCGCGGCAGGAGGCGCAUGAGGAGAUCCGCGUGCUAUCGCACCAGGCGGGCAGCGCGGUGAAGGAUGAGGGAAAGCCGAAUGACCUAGUGGCGAGGAUUAAGGCGACAGAGUUCUUCAAGCCGAUCUGGGAGGAGCUGGAUACCAUGUUGGAAUCGGGGUUGUAUACCGGGCGGAGCGUCGAGAUUGUCGAGCGGUUCUGUGGUGAAGGAGGGGUGUUGGACCAGCGGUUGAAGGACUACAAGGGAUUCCUCGAGAAGGCCACCACGGCUGAGCUGAAUGUCUGAUCUCGUCUAUUACCUUUAGAAAAGUUUGGCGGAUGUAUCUCUCUCUGGCAUGCCAUGAUAUGCAUACCUACUCUAGGAGCACAACGUUUUUGCGCGAUGCCUACCGAUAUCUCUCCUGGGUCUGCAGAAUGCCCCUUUCCCGAGCAACACUAGGAGUCUAGGACACUUCAAAGUGCAAAAUACAAAUAUAUGAGACCCGCAGCUAUGCAACUAGUCGCUCUAGCUCGUGUUCUCCUUAUCCAAAAAUCCUGCAUCUGUCGAUUGCAGUCGUCCUUGAAGAGUGAGUGAAGAGUCAAGAGUGAAGGUGACUCCAUACGGAAGGCGAUCCUCCUGGGGUAUGAAAUAUCGUGUCCUAUUACCAUCCAAUACCGUUAUCACAUUGACUUAACAGGUCAUUGAUGGCUUGCCAAUACUCAAUAGUUUCGGCUGCUCCCUUCUAGUUUUUGGAGAUGCGCAGAUCAGCAUUUCAUCUGCAUACCCACCGCCAGUAAGUCGGGG